UACUCCAGUGGCUGAUGCCGUGACGAGAGUGACGUGUCCUCCCUCCAGUGUGACGCAGCCAGGACACAACCAGCAGCAGUCACCGCUGCACCUCGGCGACGGACGCGUCGGGCUAAAUUGGUCCAAGUGCUCCCGUCGUCAACAGAAGACCAAGUGUGGCCAAUGGCGGCUGCAGGCAGACCAAGUAAACCCACUUGAGUGGCGGAUCCAACAGUGGGGUGGGGGGCCAAUCAUCGCCCGCGCACACACACACUCGUCUUAAGUAAGAAGAGGAGGGGGGAGGGGGCAUGUUAACCCUUGCCUGGAGGUGCGCAGUGGCAGUGCGCAGGUCACACACACACAUGGGGCCCGGCCGGCAGUAAAUCAACGCCAAUCAUCGUCUGGCUGUUGGACGAAGCACACGUGAACAGAGGCCAUCGAUCAGUGCAGUGAGUGAGCCUUGUGAGAGUGGGUGUUAGGGCAGGUGGUGGUGCCCUCAGCCUCGCCCAGGUGCCCGCCCCCCGGGUCCUACAGCUGCUGCUGCCCCGUCGUCAGGAGAACUCCACCCCCGGGCUCAGUGCUUAUCGGGGACUUGUGGCGAUCGGUCGGGUGGUCGGGUCGGGACGCGCGCAGAGCCCGACCAGCCCUGGUGGUUCGUUCUCUCAAUUCAUUAAUCAUGGUGACGUAGCCAGCGCGGGUCACACGGAGCCCCUCGUAUUGGUGCUCGCAGGUCACGUGGUAUGCUAAUUGUCGGUGCUAGGAGGAGUCAAAACCAACGAUCGAGGCACUGCUCACAAGUAAUAUUAUUUGGGUCCAAAUCACCAAAAAUUAAUGACGAUGAGUUCGUUUUUGAUGAACUCGGGCCCGUACGUGGACCCCAAGUUCCCUCCGCCGGAGGAGUACAGCCAGAACUCUUACAUCCCGCCCCAGAGUGAUUACUACAACCCUGCCCAACACUACCCUUACCAUGGCAUGCAUCAGGCUGGUAUGCAGUAUGGGCGCGAUGCCAUGCAGUACAACCAUGCAGGCUAUUAUCAGCAGGCGUGCGUCAUGCCCCAGCAUCAGCCCAUGGCUGCCCACAUCAGCCCCCAGAUAGCGCCUUGCCACAGCCCCCUACAGCAACACCAAGUGCCGCCGCGUUCCCCGGUGGCCUCACCAGACCCCUCAGCGGGUGGCACGGGUGGAGGCGGUAGCAUGGGCGCUCAAAUGGCACAACACAUGGGUGCAGGAGGCGUGGAAGGCUCACCAGAGGAGACAGUCACGGAGCUGGACGCCAACGGCCAGCCCGUCAUCUACCCCUGGAUGAAGAAGAUUCACGUCGCCGGGUCAGAAGGAGCGGGGACGUUGUUCGCAAAUGGUCAGUUCCAGCCGGGGUGUGAACCUAAACGGCAGCGGACGGCCUACACCAGACACCAAAUACUGGAGUUGGAGAAGGAGUUCCACUUCAACCGCUACCUGACGCGGCGACGGAGGAUAGAGAUCGCCCACUCGCUGUGUCUCUCAGAGCGACAGAUCAAAAUCUGGUUCCAGAACCGGAGGAUGAAAUGGAAAAAGGACAACAAAUUACCCAACACCAAGAACGUGAGGAGAAAGACCAACCCCGCGGGCGUCACCACCACCGUGACGCCCAAGAAUCAGCAACAGAACCAGAGUCAGACCCAGAACACCACCCAGAACCCCGCCACACAAGACCAGCAGCACACCCAACAGCAGCAGCAACAACAACAGACAGCACAACAGCAAGCAGCACAACAACAGGCGGCGCAGCAGCAACAACAGCAGCAGCAGGGCACCCCGCACCCGGGAGCCGGCCACCCUCCUGGCUACCCGCACAUGGGAGGAGGCAUGAUGCCACCUGGCCUGACGCCCAUCUCAGCACCGUACCCUCACGGAGCCAUGAAGCCUGACUAUGGCCUCACCACGCUAUAAGGCUGGCCAGCGUGGCCCGCCUGGGGUGCCCCGCCCAGCACCUCCUCCCCAAGUAGCUUUACCUGCUCUAGUGUACUCCUGACUCUCCCGGCUUAGUCCUGAUGCUGCUGCUGCUCUGAUGCUGCUGUUGCUGCUGCUGUUGCUGCUGUUGUCCUGCACGACCUCCUCUCAGCCCAGAGCCAUUCCUUGCCCCCCUACCCCACUCCCCAUCCUACUCCUCCCUGCUCCUGUAGUGGCGGCGGUGGCCAGCCGGCGGGCGGCCCCCGUGUUGUGGCGUACAAAUAACGAGGCUUGGCCCGCCCAUACCUGCCGGUGGAGCCCGACGUUCGGGUGUUUGCUCGGCCCUGGCUCAUCAGUCGCCGCCCAAGAUUGUGAAAGAAAUGAUACUUAUCUCAGGGUUGUGUGUGUUUGUGCUGCUUAGAGUUAUACACAAGCCUCGUGGACCGCUAUGGUGUGGCCACAGUGCACCCUUGGCCACAGUGCACCCUUGGCCAUUGUGCACCCUUUGGCCACUGUGCACCUCUAAUACCAACCUUUUGAACUCUCCUUUUUUUGUUUUAAUUUUUGUUUAUCUCCUAAGGACAAAUUGGUACGUAGAGAUAUUUUCAGAGAAAUUAAAUAAAGAUAUAAAAAGUGAGACUUAUAGAAUCCGCUUUCGGAGAGAUAGCAAUAGUAAUGUUUCCCCCUCGAGUAUAUUGUACGUAGAGUGUUCCAAAGAAAAUAAUAAAAAACUGACAAAAACAAUAAAUUAAUAUUGAACAUCACAUGGAGUGGAGCGUCAAGAUCUCGGAGUCGACUUUACACGAGUCUAAACCCAAAGAACCUCAGAUGAUCAAAAUGUUAAAUAAAGAACCCGAAGUGAACCCCUAAAAAUAACAAAACAAAACCCAGAUUUGUUUUAACUUGGCGUAGGCUUUUGAAAGGGUACACGCGCACGCACACACACACACACACGACACAGGGAAGGUGGUGUUGGGGGAGAGUGUAUUUUCCAUGACGUUGCAACUCACCAGUUUCUCACGCCUCGCUGGACUAACUUGCAAGUGAUAAUCCUACUUCAAAGGCCAUAGAAUUUUAACAUAUAACUAGUCCGAAGGGUGAGCGUAGGAGGUGAGGGAUUUAUGCUCUCUUUCUCUACACUACGACUGAUACUCCAUAAUCCUUCACUUCAUAUUACUCUCAGUACUCCCUAAUCUUUCUCUGCUCCUUCCUAAUCCCUAUCUCCCCUCCUCUCUCUUAAUGUCUCUCUGUCUGUCUCUGUCUCUCCCCCUCCCUCUCUACUACUGUUAUUUCCCCAGUACCUCCUCUAACACUACUAACGGCAUCCCCCUCCUCAGUGCCCCACGUCUUCACUACACCGUACUUCCCUAGUACUUCCGCCUACACCACUUAUAAACUUACCAAAUUUCUGUGUUCAAAUUAGCGGUAUAAACGUGAAGAAAAAAUACAGUCCCAGUGUCGGAGUGAACAUAAAAGGGCGUUGGCUAAACCAGUGUUCCCGUGACCUGUUGAGCUCGCGACCUGACCCCCUGACCUGAGAUGACCUUCGCCUCUCCCUGCUUGUAAAAAGGAGUUUGGAGUUUACUGCCGGUGGUGGGUUGGUGUUUAUGGCUCCCAGGAGGGUAUUUAGGUCCGGAGGUGAACUGUGUCAUUGUGUGGUAAAGAUUGUAUACGACCUCUAGGUAGGGUUUCACUCACUCUGUGUUCGCGUGGUAUGUGAGUACUGAACGCCUGGAAUUUAUCCCUUUCUUGAAUAUUGAAGAUAGUGUUGUAUGCAUGUUCUUACACACGCAAGCACACACACACACACACACACACCAACACUCACACCCACCCACAAACAUACACACUCACACGCACCCACACGCACAUAAUCCAUAAAUAACUCAUGAAAGAGCACCAUAAAAUACAAGCAACUGAAUGAGGUUGAGUCAACUUACUGUGGCGUGAUUUUAGUGAACUACAGAAACAUUACUGUGUGUUAGUGAAGGCGUCGUCAGUACGUCAAGUAAGAGUCGGAAAACAGGGUAUAUUACUAAGACUUUCGUUCUUAUGUGCCUCACACUCUCUCAAAUAAACCAGGGUGGGAGUUCGCUGUUGUUGAUAAUGUUAAAAAAAUCUAAAUGUAAAAAAAAGGAAAAUAGGUUAAGAAUUUUAAAUAGUCACGCAGUUAUAGUUGCUGUAAUGUUUCGUGGAAUUACGUAUUAUUUUUGGGGUUUGUUUUGUAGGGAGUUAUUUCUUGGGUCAUAUAUGAACCUCAAAAUAUAGAUGUAGAAUUUUUUUACCUUCCCUUAAGCAUACGAAAAGUUGACUGAACCUCACCAGUGUAAUUGAGAACUAAUUACGAAUAAAAAUCUUUCAUGAAAUCGAGAACAAAAAAUAAAUAAAGCACAGAACAAAAAACAAAUUAAAAACACAGCAAUAUAUUAUAAAUAACAUUGUAAUAAUAAAAAAUAAAUAUGGUAAUCAGAAGAAUUUGUUCAGUUUUAUAAGCUGUCGUCAUGAUAAUGGUCUUUGUGUCAGAAUAUUGUCAAGAUCGAUCAGUUAAACUUGUCGGAUUUAAUUAACCCGAUGUUAAGUGAUCAUUGCCCUUCAGCUUGAUUAACACUUUACUCCCUGGGUAAUUCACCUUUAAAGAUAUGAAUGAUAAAUACAAGCUUUAAUAUUCCUUUGUUUACAUACAUGAAAAAAUAUUCCUCUUUCUUAUACGAUUAUAUACUGUCUAAAAUACCACAAAUACACAAAACCUAAAAACAUACAAAAAGAAACACUCUUCAACCCAAUACUGUCAAUUUCCUCCAAUAAUGAGACUUGUCAAACUGAAAGUGUACAAAUUAACAAAACUUUUUUUUCAUUUAUAAGGCUCACUAAACACAUUUCGUUCCUAUAAUAUGACUAUCAAGGUAUGAGUGUACGUACAAAGGACAAGUACAACAAAGUACUCUGGGUGGUCUCCGAGGCUGUGACGCUCCCGCUGAGUGUGAGGUGUAGAGGUGAUAGCAGUCGUGUCCGUGUACAUGAUAUACUGUACCCAGAAGCAUAGCAUCAAACUAUUGUAAUCAAAAUAUAUUUCAGUCUUACAUUGGUCAUCUUUACGUGUAUGAUAUUAUUGUUUAUCUUCUUUUUUUCUUUACGGGUUAAUUCCUUCGUCUGUCUCUCUCUUUCAUUGCAUUCAUCUUUAUUGGUUUAUAUUUAAUUUCAUUGAUCAUAGAUCUAUCUCUCUCUCUCUUGUAUUUGUGAAUAAAAAUCAACUAUAUCAAUUCGUUAUCAUCGUUAACUUUUAUUUUUAUUGUUGUUUUUAUUUCUUAUUAUAUUUCCCAGUGUACAGAAAUGAAUACUCACUAUUUAUGAUGUAUACAAGUGUUUGUUUUUAGAAAGAUGAAGAAAAAAAUUCAAAAUGGUAAUAUAUAUGUAUAAUACCACUAUAAUUAUUGGCUCCUAUUAUUAAUUAUAAUAGUUAAGGGUAAAUAAUACAAAUUUCUUAAUCUGGUUACUUGAGACUGGUGAAGAAAGUGGCUACUAUUAAAGUAUUUCCUUUGAGUCAGAACGUCACGGCGGCGGUGGUGAUGUUCAUUGUAAACAGAGUUAUUUAAAGAAGAACUUGUUAUACGCGACGGACGAUGAAUAACAAGAACAGAAACCAAUAAAAUAUAUGCCUGACGUUGCAAAUGUUCUGAUGUGGAGGAGGAGAUGAUGUGUGUGUGUGUGUGUGUAAAAAGUUUAGGAGAGAGUUGUACCUGGACUCUCCCUCAGCAGUUUUUUAUACCUGUAAACAUGGCGACUGUAUUGUUCAUCUCCCGUGACUUGGAGACUUAGAACAGGAGUCUGUCUGUCUCUUUAUCUCUCUCACCCUGACAACUUGAAGCAUUUACUGGAUCAACAUUUAACACCUGCUUCCAUAUUAGCAUCAAUAUUUAUUCAAUUUACUGAUUUCUAAAAUUAUAUAAAGAGUUAUUUGAUUAUCUUGUUAGCGUCAUGUGAUCUAUUUGACGAAGGCGCUGCAGGUGUGGCGUUGUUAUCCAUUAGAUGCUUGAGUGACGGUGAGGGAACACUUGUACAUGAACGGGGGUCUUAAUAUAAAGUUUAUGCUCAACAUACUGCGUAUUGUGGUGCUGAUGGAGUGUGUGUGUGUGUGAGCCUUCGGCCUUACAGUGAGUGAGGAGGUUGAUAAUCCACUUUUGUUUAGCCCUGUGAGUUAAAUGAUAUUUUUGGUUUAUAUAUUUGUACAUAAUGUUUCAUUCUCUAUCUGUCUGUCUCUCUUUCUCUCCGUCUGUCUCUCUUUCUCCGUCUCCCUCUCUCGUUUAUUAUUGAUAUUAUAUGUGCGUGUGUAUGUCCUCUCUAUAUAAUUCUCGUCUUCUUCACACUGUACCUAUAAUGAAUACUAUUUAUGUUAUAUAUGUAUAGCUUAGGGAAACCUUUUUUUGUAAUUUGUAUUAUUAUCCCAUUUAACACUGUAGGACCGAAGGCUUAC